GCUAGGGUUUUAAUUGGGAAAAGAAAGUCUUAUACCCAAAACUCCAAAAGAGAGGGUUUGUUUUUGUAUUUCCCCCGUCCCCCCUGGUGCGCAUUUGAUGGCGGAUGGGGGGGGCAUGAUACAGUUCACGUCUCGGUCAGCAGCUGACCGCGUUUCCGCGUUGAACCAUCAGCCAUCUCUUCUUCUUCUUCGCGUCGGCUCUAUCACUUCCUUGUACCAGAUCUGAGGCCUGGGCCCUUGGGGAUGAGAGAUCGGAGGGCGCGAAUCUCAAGGGGAGCGGAGGAGGAGGAGGAGAGAGCGGCGGAAGAGAUGGCCGAGCCGUCUGUGGCGGCGGCGGCGAUGAAGGGGAGGCGGCGGCACCGGCGGCACGAUCUGGUUCCUCUGGCGGUGCUGAUAGGCCGGGAGCUGAAGAGCGAGAAGAUGGAGAAGCCGUGCAUUCGGUACGGUUGCGCCGCGCAGUCCAAGAAGGGGGAGGACUACUUCCUCAUAAAGGUCGACUGCCACCGCCUCCCCGGCAACCCCUCGUCCGCCUUCUCCGUCUUCGCCGUCUUGGAUGGCCACAAUGGGAAUGCUGCGGCAAUAUAUGCAAGGGAGAACCUGUUGAAUCAUGUACUGAGUGCAAUACCACGUGGACUUAGCCGGGAAGAGUGGCUUCAAGCUUUGCCUCGUGCGCUAGUUGCUGGGUUUGUCAAGACUGACAAAGAAUUCCAGAGCAGAGGACAAACUUCUGGUACAACUGUCACAUUUGUGAUAAUUGAUGGAUGGACCAUCACUGUUGCUUCAGUUGGAGACUCCCGUUGCAUUUUAGAUGCUCAUGGCGGGGUGGUUUCUCUACUGACCGUGGAUCACAGGCUAGAAGAAAAUGUCGAAGAGAGGGAACGGGUGACCGCGAGUGGAGGUGAAGUAGGAAGGCUCAGCAUUAUGGGUGGUGCUGAGAUAGGUCCCCUCCGAUGUUGGCCAGGGGGUUUAUGCCUAUCAAGGUCUAUCGGAGAUAUGGAUGUUGGAGAAUUUAUUGUUCCAGUACCUUAUGUCAAGCAAGUGAAGCUAUCAAAUGCUGGGGGAAGACUUAUCAUUGCUUCAGAUGGCAUUUGGGAUGCCCUAUCCUCUGAGAUGGCUGCAAAGUCGUGCCGUGGGUUGCCUGCUGAGCUUGCUGCCAGACAAGUUGUGAAGGAAGCACUGAGGACAAGGGGGCUGAAAGAUGACACAACCUGCAUCGUUGUUGACAUAAUUCCGCCUGAUCAUUCAGUACUGCCUCCAUCUCCACCAAGAAAGACGAACAAACUCAAGUCUCUCAUUUUCAGGAAAAGGUCAGAGGAUUCUGCUAGUAAGCUGGCAAAGAAGUUGUCUGCUGUGGGUAUUGUAGAAGAACUGUUUGAAGAAGGUUCAGCAAUGCUUGCAGAAAGGCUUGGGAAUGACUUAUCAGCAGGACAAGCAACUUCAGGCCUGUUCACAUGUGCUAUCUGCCAGGCGGACCUUGCUCCAAGCGAGGGCAUAUCCGUUCAUGCUGGUUCAAUCUUCUCCACCAGCUCAAAGCCAUGGGAAGGCCCCUUCCUUUGUGCUGAUUGCUGCAACAAGAAGGACGCAAUGGAAGGAAAACGCCCUAGUGGAGUCACAGUGCUAUAGCUUCUCCUGCCCUUUCCUCCUGUUGUCCCCAUAAAUUAUUUUCUUCUUUGAAUUUAAUUUGCUGCCAAUUUUUGUGGGCUGCGUGAUUAGUUUGACCUUGGGGAUGAAUGAAGCACCCAUAUAUGUAAUAUCUGCAAGAGGAAUGCAAUUUGAGUGAUUAUUUAUGUUAUUUGAAGUUGAUUACCCUCCUUGCGAACUGUUACACUAGCUGACAAGUUGCAUAUAUUGGCAAUGCGUAAUUCUUUGCAUCUUUGCUUGUAAUUUA